UAUUGCGUUUUCCGAUUGCCGCACACGUGCCAAGAUUUCUGAUAUUUUCUACAUAAAUUACUUUAAUUUACAGGCGUAAUAAACUUACCUGAAACUUUUUAUAAGUAAAGGAUACUUCAACAACGUCCAUCCAGGAUCAUCAUAUUUAAAUAUUAUAAAGUCUAUAAAGUACAUGGCAAUGGUAUCAGAAGCUAAAGUUAAUGGUAGUGGGGCCGAAGCUCCUGCCGAAGUUCUGCCAGCCUUGGCAGAGAAACCAGCAGGGCUGCCACCCGGCAAAUACGCUCUUGUCGGAUGGGACAUGGAUACAACGGGAAGGAGGCUCAUUGAUGAGAUAUGUCAAAUAGCAGCCUUCACUCCCAAACAAUCGUAUUCUCAGUACAUUAUGCCAUACGGAGAUCUGAAUCCAGGUGCUAGGAGACGUCACAAUGUAAGGGUCGUUACAGUGGGCCGUUACCGAAUGCUGAAGGAUACUAACACACAUAAAAUAUUAAAAACUAAAUCUGAAAUAUCAGCAUUAACAGACUUCCUAGACUGGUUAGAAAAAGAAAAGGGUGACGGCAGUGUAAUCCUCAUCUACCACGAGCCCCGUCGUCUCAGUCCUACAAUGCUCUUAGAAGCUCUUACUCGUUAUAAGUUGUUGGACCGUUUCAAGACAAUAGUAGCAGGUUUCACAGACAGUUAUGCACUUGCCGCUGAUAAAUGCAAGUCGACAGUCAAAUCGAUAUCAUUAAGAGUUUUAGCCAGAGUAUUGUUGGAUGCAGAUACACUAUCUGUAGAUAGCGCUUUGGAUCGGGCUACUGCUGCAUAUAGGAUUGUUGAACAUCUUGCACAAGGAGAGCAGCAAGAAGUAGGAGCGGGUGGGGAAGGUACUACGGCCAGUAAGGAUAUGGUAGAGACGGCUCGCCUAUGGGCUCGGCCCGUCCAUACCGAGCUGGAGGCACUUGCCAACCUCAAGAAGCUACUAGAGAGACAGAACACAUUCCGGCCAGUAUUCGCUCCGCUACUUCGGUUAGCGCGUCCAGAGCGCAAGAGAGUGACUCAGCUCCGUCGCUUACUGGCUGAUGCUGGUCUGCUGUAUGAUCAGCUCCGGGACGCCUGGCAGGAUUGUAAGCUGCAAGGUUUAGAAAAACAAUUGGAGGCCUUAUCGGUAUCAGCAAAAGAGGAAGACAUUAAGGAGCUGAUUGAAAUAUUUGACUGUCACUUUGAUCCUGCCAAAGAGCCUAAAGGACUCAAACCUCGAGUACAGAACAGAACUAGGGGAACGUCUUCAGCGGGUGAGACGGGUGAUGCCGAGGGGACCACCAGCGAGUCGCAAAAGACGUCCAUUCAAAAUUCACCCAACAAGACUAAUAGUGAUGUACCCGCAGCUGAGCCUAGUCAAAACCCCGCGCCGGAGGCUAUUCCGAGCAACUAACUCGACACUACAAUAAUACUUACAAUAAAACUAAAGCUUAGAUUUUUGUAUCAUCACAUACUAUCGUUUAGUAUCAUAAAAGAGCAAUAGCAUGUGACGACAUUUAUUCGUAUUAUGCGUUUAGGUUAAGUCUCCUUUGGAAUUGAAACUUAUUUGUUUUGCAUGCGGUAAACGAGUUUACAUUUUUUUUUUAUUUGACUGUUAACCUUUUAUUUUGUUUAUUUUUUCAUUUGCUUGAUGCGUAAAUUUUUAUAUAUACAUGAAUAGAUGGUAAUGUAGAUGAGUGCCUUAGCAACUCAGUGUUUUAAGAAAGUUUAUUCACACUUUUGUGUAAUAAGUAUGUAACAACGUUUUGUUGUUUUUUACAAAUCCGUGUUUACUGUUGGAGCGGUCGCUCCGUUGUAUGAUGUUGGAGUCGUAAUAAUAUUUUAUACAUUACAGUUAUAGAGGAAAUAUUUGUUGUGUUGGGCUUUUUAAAAGUACAAUUUUUCGUAUUAUCUUUAUUUAUUGAAAAAAUUAAAAGUUUAUUUAUAUUUUUUUUUCAAUACGUGCAAUCACAUGGAAAGGAUGGACUGAUUUAUUUACAUCCGAUAAAUAAAUAAAAAAUAUAUUUAUUUUUUUCCGAAGGCAUAAUAUAUUUUAGGCUUUAAUAAAUGAAAUACGCAUUUUUCGCUAUACUAAUGAGCUGUCGCAUAUCAUUUCUUUUGCCAUAAAAAGUUUCUAAGGUUAAGUUUUCUUACAAUACAAUAAGCUCGCGUAACGAAAACAGUGUGUACCUAACUUACGUCUAAUUUAGUUAGUUUUAACAUAGACUGUACAUAUAAUUUAAUUUCUUAUUUUGUUCAGAUCUCUAAUAAAUAUGUAAGUCUAA